AUGACGGACCAACUGACAGCCCUAUUUGAUACAUUUACCCAACAUGGUAUUUUAUUUGUGUUCAUUCACAGAGUUUAUAAACUACAUUUACUUCCUAAACUAGAAACUGAUUUGUGUAACAUACUGGGCCAAAUACCAAUAGCUGAAGCACACUAUAAUGAGACAAAAUGUUCACUAGAAGAGGCUGUUAUGAAAAGUAAGGAAGUGGUGAGUAAAGUCUCUGAAAUUUCUGCAGAAGUGGAACAAGUACAAUCUCAGGUUGAAGAAGAGCGCAAGACAAAAGAAAAGCUAGAAGAUGAUCUUGCAAAGAACAGGAAUGUAUUGAACCAGAAAAUGACUGAUAUUGAGCUAUUGCAGAACAACAGUUUAACAGAAAUGUCAAAGCUAAGUGAGCUGCUGAAAUCAAAGGAAACAAAUGUGAGCAGCAUUGAACUCCAGCUCAGUGAACACAUGGAACUUGAAAAUCACAUUCAAAUGCAAAUCCAGGAGCUUAUGUUAAAAGUUAAUGAAUGUGCAACAAAGCCAAGUAAUUUUUUUCCAUCAUCUGACUGCCUUUCAAAAAUUAUAAUUGCACUUAAUUCAAAAUCACAGCAAGACAGAUGGGUUGGACAGCCUAAUAGUAUCCCACCUUGUGUCAGGAGGAAGGGAGAAUCACAAGAAAAGAAAAGCAAUGAGUGGAGUAAGAGGUCAAGGAUAGCUGCAGAACUGCAAGCUGCUAUAUCUGCUGGACUUGAGAAAUUGAACUCGAUGAAGGAAAUGAGUAACCAGCUUGAAAAAGUCACAGAAGCUCUCAACCUAUCCAUUCAGUCUGUAAACACAAAAACUGUCGAGAAAAAUGCUCUGAAGAGUGAGCUUGAAACAAAAAUAAAGGAUAUUGAACAAGCUAUUAAAAAUAAGGAGAUGGAUUGCAGUAAAAAUAUUAAGGACAUGCUGUCAUCUAUGGAUGAGUACAAACAAUCAUAUUUCAGCAAGCUGUCAGAGUUUGACACAGAAAAGAAGAAGCUUUUAGAAAAGACAACUUGUUUAGAGAAAGACAACAGGGAACUUAUGAUGGAAAAAAAGAUAUGGGAAGAAAAAGUAAUAUAUCAUGAAAAUCUUGUAACAAAAAUUGAAUCCAGAAAACAAAUCUUAGAAAGUCAAGUUUUGCAACUGAAAGCUGAAAUUGAAAGUGAGAAGAGUAAAACAGCAGUAACUAACCUAAGCCCAGUUUCACAUGAGAAUAUUUCUGAGUCUAAGCAGGACAUAGAUUCUGAUUCUCCAAAAAGUUUCAUAAGGCAAGAAAGAAGCAGCACACAGAAAAAAACUACAUUUGACAACUGGAGUGAUACUACUGAAGAUUCCUGUUUGGACAUUGCUCUCUGUCAGGUAGAUAACGCAAAAAGAGAUGAAAAGCUGAAGACUUCGGAUAUCGCAAAAACUGCACAGAGAUCACAGCCAGCAUCUAGUAAGAAAACUCCAACAUGGGAAAGAACAAAAAUACCUGAAAAGUUUGGUGGACCAGAUGCAAUGGCGGCAUUAUCUAUUACUUCUGAAAGUAUGCACUACAGUGGAGGUAAGAGACUCCAGAGCCUAAAUAGAUCAGCAACAUAG